CGCACCAGCUGACAUCAGCGCAGCGAGGUGCUGAGUCGUCAGUCUGUCAGAUUGUCAGCUGACACAUUUUGCGUCACCUCAGAAAUUUCGGAAAUAGCUUGUUGAAUCUACUCUUUUUCUUUUUAUCUGACGUCGGAUUUCAUCGUUUCCAGAAUAUGUGGACAGACGGAGUCCUCACACGGGGUGCCUUUGGAUGGACCACUGAAGGAAACUUCACUUACUUGUGCCCUAAUGGGUCCAAAUGGGUUUGGGACGGGUUUGGGGAAUGUGCCCAGGAUGCGAGGGACAUGGCCAGCAUUUACCUAGGCCUCCUGUCCAUCCUCUGCUUCAUGGUGUCUUCUCUUCCACAGUACUACAGCUCAUGCAGAACAGGGAAUAUGGACAGCGCCCUUUCUAUUUGGUUUCUGCUGCUGUGGUUGGGAGGUGACACCUGCAAUCUGGUGGGCUCCUUCUUGGCAGACCAGCUUCCACUUCAGAUAUAUACUGCCAUUUAUUACGUUGUAGCUGACUUGGUGAUGCUGGCCAUGUACUUUUAUUACAAGAUAAGGAACAAAAUGGUUGAAAGCAGGAUGGUUUUGCAUGUGUUGGGUGUAGCCUGCGUCCUGGGCUUCACCACAAGCCUCGCCCGACUCCCCGGGUUAGGCACCCAACAGGAAAUCAUUCCUUCUGGUUUCAGAAGUCGGGCCUUGCUCUCAAUCUCUGACGUUAGCCCUAUCAAGGCUUUUACCCCGAAAGAGAUUAUUGGUUUCUCCAUCGGCUCAGUGUCGUCCGUGCUCUACCUCUGCUCCAGACUUCCCCAGAUGUACACUAAUUUCAAGAGAAAGUCGACAGAGGGAGUGUCUUACUUUCUGUUCGCGCUGGUCAUCCUGGGAAACACCACAUAUGGCCUGAGUGUGCUACUGAAGAACCCUGACGAGGGCCAGGGUGAGAGAAGCUACCUGGUCCAUCACUUGCCCUGGCUCAUUGGCAGCCUCGGCACCCUCUCCUUAGACCUCAUUAUCUCCAUCCAGUUCAUAAUUUACCGCAAAUCUGCAGUGGAGCUGGGCAUCGGCCAGGAUGAGACAACGCCUCUGAUCGUGAGCUAAACGAACAAAAGAAGAAUGUACCGGUGGGACACAAGCCAGACUUACUACUUCCAAUGAACCCUCUAAAUCAAAUUUCUGACAAAAUCAGGAUGAACAAACUCUAUAUUUUAGUUUAAUUUUAUAGGUGUAUUUAUUAUGCUCUCUAUUUUUUUUUUAAUGUUUACAGUGUUCUUUUUUUCUGCAAAAAAACUGUGACACAAAUUUCUUCACUUGGGUUCAGCUUCAGCGAUGUGAUUCACACACUGCUCUUAAUGUUUGCGUUUUAAAGGGACAAUUGAGGGUUUCAGGUGUCUGACAUGGAUUGUAACUCCUCCUGCCAACCUGAACUCCUCCGGAUUUUAGGUCACAACCUCAAUUUGAUGUCAGACCUCAUAUAGGUGUCAGAAACCUGCUGGCCUGGGUGAACAGACGAUACAGGUUUCUCUGAAAUGAUUCAGGAGUUUUUAAAGGUGGGGUAUGCCAUUCUGGAGAAAUCCAAUACCAUGAUAUAUAGCGAACAACAACACCGCAAGUAAUGUAACUAACGUUAGCUAGGUUGUGGGUUAGCAAACUGUUCCUAUAUUUGCUGCUGCCAAGCUAACAGCCAGAGAGGACGAGACGGUUUCCCAGAGCCAGCACAGCAGCUCCAGACAGCGAUACUCAUAACUCUCCUGCUACCAUGGCUAACAUCACAACAACAGCAUAUCUUGGCAAAGGAGAAAGUAAGCUGAAUGUCAGUGGGCAAGUCAUAUAACGUUACCGGACACACAAAUCAUGGCUGGAAUAGUGUUGUGUGGCUCGGUCCGAGCCACUUUGUUUAUUUCGCAUUUACAGAGCCAGGGCUGCGUACAAACACCAGAUUUUAUUUUUUUUUUCAGCACGCACACUGAACGGACAGCUAGCGGACCGUGAGGAGAUAUUAGCUGAAUUUGACAAAAAGACGUAUAUCCGAUUAGAAAGGCAUACCCCACCUUUAAGUUGACACUUUCAAAUUAUGACACUAACCACUGCAUGAAGCCCUGUCUGAUCUUGUUUACAGUAUUUCAGAAUUAGCACAAGAAUCUUUAGUUUUUCGGGCUUCAAUGAUGUGUCUGAUUGGAAAAGAAGAAAUGUUUUGUAAAACAUUUGCAAGUGUAAAUUGUAUUUAGUCCAUCUUUAAUUGAUGUUAACAGCAAGUGCCAUAAUUAAAAACCAAACCUUUUCUGAGCAUUUAUGUUUUUUGUGCAUUUUAGAUAUCUUUUUAAGUACAGUUGUACGAUUUUAUUUUACUUUGUUUUUCAAAUACAGACACUUGACUUGAUUUUGUUUGCACUGGUGAUAAAAGUCACACGACUUUAUAUAGGUUUCCUCUACCAUGUUUAAUUUACACAUUUUUAUUUUCUCAGUCUCACUGUUUUGCACAUCAAAAGUUGGUUUUGUACAAAAUAUUAAAUAUGUUCAGUGGGUCAGUGUACUGUAAAGAUUAAAAAAAUGAAUAACA